AUGGAGUUAGAGAGCUUCAGGGUUGGUCUUACCCCAACAAUAUACCACAUUCCGGGUUUCAUCACUGAUGAAGAGCAAACUCAGCUCCUCAAUCAUAUAUAUGGAGCAUCUGGUUCCAAGUGGAAGACGUUAAAGAACAGAAGAUUACAGAAUUGGGGUGGUAUGGUUCAUGAAAAGGGUCUUGUUCCACAAGAGUUGCCUUCUUGGCUGACAAAGAUUACAGAGAAGAUUCAUGAAAGCUCCGGUCUGUUCCCUUCUGCUAUCAACCAUGUCCUCAUCAAUGAAUACCAUCCUGACCAAGGGAUCAUGCCGCACCAAGAUGGACCUGCUUACUUCCCUGUUGUAGCCAUCCUGUCUCUAGGCUCACCUGUCGUUAUGGACUUCAGUCCGCAUUUGAGACUAAGAUCAAGCGAUGAUGACGUUUCCAGAGACCAAAAUACAGGUGCUGCAGAGAGUUGUGUGCCUGAGACUGAGAGAGAUAAUCAACACUCAUCCUCUGUCUUGUUGAUGCCUCGAAGCUUGCUGAUCUUCAAAGAUGAGGCUUACUCAGAUUUCCUCCACGGGAUUAGCGAUAGACCAACACAAAGCUACAAUCAGGUCGUUAAUGAAGCUGAAGCUUUGGCCGUCUCAAGAAAAGAUGGUGACAAGAUUCUUCACAGAGACCAAACUCGAGUCUCACUUACUUGCCGUUUAGUGCCCAAAGUCCAUAAGAAUCUCUUCAGGUUUUAG